CUGUGUAACAACAUUGGAUGAUGCCUGAGCAUUGCUAGCUGAGGAGGAAGCCAAAAGAUCUCUCUGUCAGCACUCUGUUACAUUUGGGAAAAUAUAAUAUUAAAUCAUCAAUAACCUGGUGUUUUUAGAAAGCGAAGUAUUAAUUUGGUAGUUCAAAAUAAUACACUUUUCACUAUCUUUCAAAAGUUGGUAUGCAGAGCUCGGUAGGAAGUGUGUGCUCAAGCUGCCGUUUUGGAGCCUUCCUUAGUGAGACAGUGAGGACUUGUGAAGAGCAGAAUCAACAACCUCUGCAUAAUCAAAGAAGUUGCAUUGUGAGGCGGGUAUUAGUUAGCCACUGUUUUAGCCUAUGUAUAUGAACGCUGAAAAGUGCCAGUGGUCUGCUUUGGGUAAAACCUGCCUGGAAAUGCGCCAUGGCUUUGUCACUUAUUGAAAGGGGUGGGGGUACGUGGCAAUUAGCAUCCACUGGGUUGUUGAAUAGGACUGUAUAGUCCCCAAAAAUGAAAAUUGCAUAAUGCACAGUUGAUUUUGUGUUUUGUUAUACGUAAUUUAGGGAACACCAAUAGCACAUAUCUUAUAUUUCUUUAAUCGUGUACUAAACUGAUAGAAAUCUGCAAUGAGUUUGUUGUGUAGGUCGCCAUCUUUAGUAAGGGACAAUGUAGUCUGCAAGCAUGAUAACUUCCAACGAGCUAAAGAAAAUGUCUAAAUGCAAAUGCCCAUUUCAAAUAUCUCAAACGAAAUGGUGUAGGUUGUUUUGAAUUGAAAAUGCACGGUUAGUUUACUCUAAUAUGCAUUAAUUGGUACUGGUUCUAUACCAGUCGCCAUGUUUGUUUUGGGUGACGCCAAAUUGCUGUAUUUUCCUCCCCUUUUGGUUGUCAAGAAGAUGGCAGCUUCCAGGCAGGCAUGAGAGGGAAUACUUAAUCACAAAUCGAAUGAACUUGGACUAGUGAUUCAAGAGUAGACCCUCAAAUCAUCUCAUUGGAAAUAGUGCAUCGAACGAAACUGGCGGAGAUUUGUUUGGUUGUUACAAGAUGGCGGCUCCCAUGGAGUGGCACUCUGAUUACUUCAGUUUUAACUGCAAAAUGUUACGGCAAAAAAACAUGACAUUUAGAAGAGGACAUGACAUUUCCUGGUUCAAUGGUGUCUGGGACCACUGGCUCAACUCUGCAGCCACGAUGGAAGCGGGUUCUAGGAUGGUCUGGGCCUGUGCCUCGACCAAGACAUGGUCACAGAGCCGUUGCUAUAAAGGAAUUGAUGGUGGUUUUUGGAGGAGGAAAUGAAGGAAUUGUGGAUGAAUUGCAUGUCUACAACACAGCAACAAACCAAUGGUUUAUCCCUGCGGUUCGUGGUGAUAUUCCCCCUGGAUGUGCUGCAUACGGUUUUGUUUGUGAUGGCACCCGGCUUCUGGUGUUUGGUGGAAUGGUGGAAUAUGGAAAAUACAGCAACGAUCUCUAUGAGCUACAGGCCAGCAGAUGGGAAUGGAAAAAGUUAAAAGCUAAGUCUCCCAAAAAUGGCCCACCUCCCUGUGCUCGACUUGGCCACAGUUUCUCUCUGGUGGGCAACAAGUGCUUCCUGUUUGGAGGGUUGGCUAAUGACAGCGAGGACCCCAAAAACAACAUCCCUAGAUACCUGAAUGAUCUGUACACCCUGGAGCUUCGUGCUGGCUCCAGCGUUGUAGGCUGGGAUAUACCAAUUACUUAUGGCGUUUUGCCACCUCCUCGCGAGAGCCACACUGCUGUAGUGUACACAGAAAAGGAGAGCAAGAAAUCUCACCUGAUCAUCUAUGGAGGGAUGAGUGGCUGUCGUCUGGGAGAUCUAUGGACUCUUGACAUUGACACCCUGACCUGGACUAAGCCAUCGGUGAAUGGCACAGCACCUCUGCCCAGGAGUCUCCACUCUGCCAUCACCAUCACAAACAAGAUGUUUGUUUUUGGGGGAUGGGUUCCCCUGGUUAUGGAUGACGUGAAGGUGGCAACACAUGAGAAGGAAUGGAAGUGCACAAACACUCUGGCCUGCCUAAAUCUCGACUCCAUGGCCUGGGAAUCAGUGUUGAUGGACACCUUGGAGGACAAUAUCCCAAGGGCCCGGGCAGGACAUUGUUCUGUGUCCAUCAACUCUAGGUUGUAUGUCUGGAGUGGCCGUGAUGGUUACCGUAAAGCAUGGAACAACCAAGUCUGCUGUAAAGACCUCUGGUACCUUGAGACAGAGAGGCCACACGCUCCCUCGAGAGUGCAGCUUGUCCGUGCUAACACCAACUCCCUGGAGGUGAGCUGGGGCGCUGUGUCCACCGCAGACACCUACCUGCUGCAGCUGCAGAAGUACGACAUCCCAGCUGCCGCUGCUGCCACCUCCCCGGCCCUUACUGCCACCUCUUCUCUACCAGGGAACUUGCCCAAAAGCCCAGCUGCUCCCUCUGCUCAGAACCUACCACACACAGCCAUCUUGAAGGUUGCAGCCCCUCAGUCUGGCACGGGUACCUCCCUUGUCACUGUGCGAGCCAACCAGGCUGUGAAAUCCCCUGUCACUGUGACAUCACUUCCUCCAGGGGUUCGGAUGAUGGUUCCUGCCCAGACUGCCCAAGGAACGCCAAUCGGCAAUAGCCCUCAGAUGAGUGGCAUGGCAGCUUUGGCUGCAGCUGCAGCAGCCACACAAAAGAUCCCGCCCUCUUCAGGCACUGUGCUCAACAUUCCAGCAGGUGCCACCCUUGUCAAAACCAUGGCUGGCUCCACCGCAGUCAAAAUGUCAUCUCCUCUCAUGGUCAGUAACCCAGCCACUCGCAUGCUGAAGACUGCUGCAGCUCAGGUGGGCACAGCGACUGUAUCAUCACCCAACUCGCCCAACCGACCCAUCAUCACUGUGCACAAGUCAGGCACGGUCACCGUAGCCCAGCAACACCAGGUGGUUACCACCAUGGUGGGAGGAGUCACCAAGACAAUCACCCUGGUCAAGAGCCCCCUUACUAUGGGAGGCAGCGGCACUCUGCAGAUCUCCAGCCUUGGCAAGAUGAUAUCUGUGGUACAAACCAAGCCAGUGCAGACAUCAGCUGUUACAGGCCAGGCUUCCACUAACCCUCUAUCACAGCUCAUACAGACUAAGGGUUCUCUCCCUGCCGGCACCAUACUGAAGCUGGUGACCUCAGCGGACGGCAAGCCCACCACCAUCAUCACCACGUCCCAGGCAGGGGGCACAGGGAACAAACCCACCAUCCUGAACAUCAGCGGCAUGUCGCCCACCACAACCAAACAGGGCACCACCAUCAUCAAGACCAUCCCUAUGUCUGCUAUUAUGAACCAGUCUGGAGCCACAGUGACCAGCAGCACAGGGAAGAUGCCCUAUACCAUUCUCACCACCAAGAUGAUGACCACUGGCACUCCAGGAAAAAUCAUCACUACCAUGCCUAAGCUUGGCACUGCAACUGGCCAGCAGGAGCUGACACAGGUGGUUUUGAAGGGUGCUCCAGGCCAACCUGGCACCAUUCUGCGCACUGUACCCAUGGGUGGAGUCCGACUCGUCACCCCGGUUACGAUGACUUCUGUCAAGCCCAGUGUAACUACACUGGUCGUCAAGGGAACAACUGGUGUCGCCACCCUGGGGACAGUCACAGGCACAGUCUCCUCCAGCCUGGCAGGGGGCAGUGUAGCCAGUGCCAAUGCCUCUCUGGCACCUCCCAUCACCACCCUGGGCACCAUCGCCACCCUGCCCAGCCAAGUCAUCAACCCCACUGCCAUCACUGUGUCAGUGGCCCAGGCCAGUCUGACCACAGUCACUACCCUGUCCACCUCCACUAUGUCGGUGAACCAGCCAACCCAGGUGACUCUCAUCACCACCCCCAGCGGUGUUGAAGCCCAGCCAGUGCAGGACCUGCCCGUGUCCUUCCUGGCCUCCCCCACUUCUGAGCAGCCCUCCACUGAGGCCGGGGAUGCCCCUGGUACUGUCACCAUGGUCUGCUCCAACCCACCCUGUGAGACCCACGAGACAGGAACCACCAACACGGCCACCACUGCGUCUGCUAACAUGUCAGUGUGCUCCAACCCUCCCUGUGAGACCCACGAGACUGGAACCACCAACACCGCAACGACCUCUUCCACCAACAUGGGAGGGGCAAUGAGGGUGUGUACAAGCCCUCCGUCAGAGACCCAUGAGACGGGCACCACUAACACCUCGACCACCGCCCACUCCAUCAUGGGAACUAACAAAAUGGAUACUGUCAAGAGUAGCUCAUCAUCUCACCCCCCAUCUCUGUACUCCUCUACCCCUCAGACAAUCACCUCUGCUUACCCCGGAACCGCCACAGGCAACCAGGAACCAGAGAACCUGCGCACCGGCACCACCUUCACCCCCACCACAGCACGCUCUGACAUGGGCUCAGCCCAGACCGGCACUGUGCAGAGUCCCAAGCAGCCAGCACCAGCCGUGGGCCUUAUAGUUUGCUCUAACCCACCCUGCGAGACACAUGAAACGGGCACAACCAACACUGCCACUCAGUCCUCGUCCGGCAUGGGUAACGGGCAGACUAGCACUGUGCAGAAAGUGUGCUCAAACCCACCCUGCGAGACCCACGAAACGGGGACCACCAACACCCCAUCCCAGGCCAGUUCCAACAUGGCUGGGAACCAGACAGGAACAGUGACGGUGCAGGGGGUGUGUUCAGACCCCCCCUGUGAAACCCACGAGACUGGCACCACCAACACGGCAACUACUGCCACAGCAGAUGGAGCAGACGGUGGCACCAGCAGUACAGAGACUCCCUCCACUACUGCAUCAGGAACAACCCCAGCCACCAUCCAGAGCAGAGCUAUCACUACUGUGACCCAGUCCACACCAGCCCCAGGGCCCUCAGUACCUUCCAUUUCAUCGAUCACUGAGGGUGCAGCAGUUUCCACAGAAGAGCCCAUGCAGAUUGAUGCGGCCACAGAAGGGGGAGACACCGCUAUGGAGACUGGGCUGCCCCCAGAGCUGAUGUCAGAGGGACAGAUAGGAACUGGUCUGUCUGCAGAGGAGCUGGCUGUGACUGCAGCAGCAGAGGCAGCAGCACAGGCUGCAGCACAGGCAGCAGCCACUGAGGAGGCCCAGGCCCGGGCCAUCCAGGCAGUUCUCCAGGCAGCACAGCAGGCCGCCAUGAACGAGGGUGAUUCUGGCUCGGACGGACAGCAGACCACCACAAUCCCCAUUGUUCUGACCCAGCAAGAGCUGGCGGCCCUGGUCCAGCAGCAGCAGCAGCUCCAGGAGGCUCAGGCCCUGGCUCAGGCCCUGGCUCAGGCCCAGCAGCAAGGAAACGCCCAAGCCCUGCCCACUGAGGGCCUGGCCCCUGCAGACAGCCUGAAUGACCCCACGUCUGAGAGCAACGGACACAACGAGAUGGCUGCAGCCGUUUCCAGCGCUGUGGCAUCACUGCUGCCGCGCACCUCCACGGAGACCCUGGCCCCCUCAAGCACAUUUGCUGUUUCCAGUCCAGCCAACCUGCAACCUGCAGCUUCUCUAGCAGAGGUGACCAAUGGCAUCGAGGGCGGGAAGCUAAACCCUCAACCAGCCCCUAUCAAGACACUUGUAAAAAAAGAGAACCAGUGGUUCGAUGUUGGAAUCGUUAAGGUGACAAACAUGGUGGUCACACACUUCUUCAUCCCAGGGGACGAUUCUCAAGUAGAGGAUGACUCGGGCGCCAUUCCAGACUAUAACCAGAUGAAGAAAAUGGAGCUGCAGCCUGGCACAGCUUACAAGUUCCGUGUCGCUGGCAUCAAUGCUUGUGGUCGUGGUUCCUUCUCAGAGAUCUCUGCUUUCAAGACCUGUCUACCAGGCUUCCCCGGAGCACCUUGUGCCAUCAAAAUCAGCAAGAGCCCGGAUGGUGCCCACCUCACCUGGGAGCCUCCUUCGGUGACAUCAGGGAAGAUCAUUGAGUAUUCUGUGUACCUGGCCAUCCAAAGCACUCAGACAGCCGAGCGCAAGACCUCCACCCCAGCCCAGCUGGCCUUCAUGCGGGUGUACUGUGGGCCCAACCCCUCCUGCCUGGUGCAGUCCACCAGCCUCUCGAACGCCCACAUAGACUACACCACCAAGCCCGCCAUCAUCUUCCGCAUUGCCGCGCGCAACGAGAAGGGCUAUGGCCCUGCCACACAAGUCCGAUGGCUGCAAGAGUCCAGCAAAGAUGGCGCCUCCGCAAAACCUGCCCCAAAAAGACCAGCAGUGUCCUCACCUGAUGUUAAGGCUGCUGGUCAAAAGAAAGCAAGAACGGACCAGUGAGAUGGCCCAGAUGACCCCCCCCCCUACUCGCUGUCCUUUUUGACCAGGAAGACUUCAUCCUCAUCCUGGCUUCACCCCAUCUGCGAGUUGACCCACAACCAGCCAGCAACAUAAGCAAAAUGGCAGCAGAAACCCUAGAUGAAAAUCAACAAGAGAGUUCUGUAGGCAAGACUUAUUUGUUUUUCUAGAGCAACACAAAUUAAAAAAGCACAUUAUAGCUUUUACUUCAUUAGUCUUUUGUUUAUUUUCUUUGCUUUCCCCCUAGCUACUUUUAUUAUACAUAUUUUUGGCUAGUUUCUGUAGUUGUAGAGAAACAUUUACAGCAUCACAAGCUGUGAGCUGCCCUGAGCUUAAUGUUACUUUUGUUUUUGAAUAUUUGGGGGACGUAGAGAGAGAGACUACAUGAGAUGAUGUACAGUUUGAGCAUGUGCUGAACAGGAGGCAGUGUUGGUUUAGAUGGGAGGAACAAUCAAAACGGAAAAACAAAGCACUUGUCCUCAAAAGGGGAAAUGUUUUCCCUCAAGCAGAAAUGUUCUUCAAUUAAGAAACCAAUAUAUACAAACAUCAUACUGGACUCCAGUCUCCUGGUAAUCUUAUCACUGUCCUUUUGCCCCGAGAUGAGGACUGAUGGCUCUGAAGUGGAGAAAGGAUUUGAUGACAAAGGAAGAAAAUUGUAGAGGAACAGAGACUUUGCUACGACUGAGACUUGCAGCAUACACACAACAAAUAUUGCAAAAUCUUCCCAAAAAAUUUGCAAGCAAUGAUGCAGAUCUUUGCGUAGUUUAUUUUUCUAUUUUUUAAGCUUUUCCCUGUCUAUCACCAUGCAUUUUUAAAACGUCACCUACUUUUCUUUUUUGUUUAUUAUUGUUCAUCCCCAUAGUUUAAGUGUUUGUGGGAAGAGGGGUGGCAGUGCUGAGGUAGGCACUAUAUUUAAAUAUUGGUUUUGAUCAGUUGUAUGUUCUUGAUCUAUCGGAGUGUAUGGAAAAAAUAAAGGCUUUUGUAUUUGUGCUGACUAGGACCGCAAAUGUAAUAGGACUGAAGGGAAUUUGAAACAGACCCGUGGAGAGGAGUACAUUUUGUUUACUACAUCUUCCAAUGUUUGUGUCGCUGUGUGUAUGCCGAACAUGGACAAUUGAAUGAAGAAAAAUCUUUUCAGUCCCACAUUUCUUCCUUCCCACCCCAAUACACCACAUUUCCAAUCAGUAAUCUGUAUAUGCUUUGCUUUUGCGGUCAUUAAUUUGAGUACCCUAAUUUUAUUUUAGACCAAGAAAGAAUAUAUUUGGAGACUUUUGUUCCUUAUACUGUUGAGGAAGAUGUAUAUGUGAAACCACCAAAUAAAACAUGUAUUACAUUUUUUUAGGUUCUGUGUUUUACCAAUUACAGAAGUGACAUGUGAAAGUUAUUUCUGAGAAGUUUACCUGUAUGUCUUUAAUUGGGAUGUCUUGGUGGGAAGGAAGAUGAAUAGCCAGAGUUUGGACUCACUUGUAAAUUAAUUAUUCCAUAGCAAGAAUAAAAUAUAUUGGCCUUUUAUACAAUUACCUGUACCAAAAAGUUUUUACAUGUUGGUCAUCUUUCGUUUGCCUUUUGUGUCAUGAUUUAUAUAAAAAACGUGUGUGUGUGUAUAUGUGUGUGUGUGUGUGUGUGUGUAUAUAUAUAUAUAUAUAUAUAUAUAUAUACUGUCUCCCUGAUCAAUUGCUAUGACUUGCUUUGUUAAACAGAUUUGCUCAAAAUCACAUCAAGGUGCAUUACCAGUACCAAAAUAUUUGUAUUCAGGAUCAAUCAACCCAUGGAGUUUUUUUAUAGAGAGGGAAGUCUUGGAGUGGUAAUGACUAUUCAUUAGUUUGUAAAAUAAAGAUAGCCAGAUUGGGUAAUGAAGCCAAGGGUGAACUUGCUACCUCUCUUAGGAUUGUAGUACUUGCACCUUGGUUUCAAGUCUCCAGAUUUACUUCUAUAAUGAAAACCCUAUUUCAUAUACAUCCAUGAUUUUGAGCAAAACUAGACAUGCAUGCAACCAAAGAUUUAAAGAAAUGUGUUUGUUCCUUUCUAUGUGGGAUACAAAUGUGUCCUUUUCUUCCACAGUACAUUUACAGAGUCACUAAUUUUGCACCCUUGUUAGGUCGGUCAUCAACAGGGCUGAGUUCUCUGGACUUUUCCUCCCACACUGGGGCAGGUGCUGGUCUUAGCACUGACGCUUGACGUUGAGAGGUUCUUCCGGGUGUUUGCAGGUUAUCUGGAAUUGUCCUGUAUUUUCCAAUGUGUGUUUUUUGUACUGAAGGGAGUAAUGUAUCUUUUAUCAAAAUAAACUUGUUAAACAUUC